AUGGUUGAAAAGUUAGGACUGAAGACGACAAAGCAUCCCAAUCCCUAUAAAUUGCAGUGGCCGAAUAAUGGACGAGAGAUUAAAGUAAACAAGCAGGUGUUAGUUCCGUUUGCCAUUGGAAAGUACAAGGAUGAAGUACUUUGCGAUGUCGUUUCAAUGGAUACGAGCCAUUUGCUAUUAGGUCGUCCGUGGCAGUUUGAUAAGAGGACAACGCAUGAUGGUUUUACAAACAGAUAUUCUUUUAUGCACAAAGGAAAGAAGUUCAUCUUAGCACCUUUGACACCGAGUCAAGUGCAAGAAGAUCAGGAGAGAUUGCGAAAGAAUACUGAAGAAGUUCGUGGGAAAAACAAGAUGAAUGUGUAUGCAAGUAGCAAAGAAAUCAGGAAAUGUCUUUCCUCUCAACAAUCUUUGCUCAUUUUGUUGUUUAAAGAUUCUUGUUUAUUGUCUGAAACUUCUAAUGUUUUGCCUACUUCCAUUUCAUCUCUUUUGCAGGAAUUUCAAUAUGUGUUUCCGGAUGAAACACCCAAGGGUUUACCCCCUCUUCGUGGCAUUGAGCACCAGAUUGAUUUCAUUCCUGGAGCCACAAUUCCAAAUAGACCAGCCUAUCGAAGUAACCCCAAAGAGACAAAGGAACUUCAAAGAUAG